UCAUCAAGGCUGAGCAUCUCUCUCUCUCUCUCUCUCUCCAUCUUCAUCCUUAUCUUCUUCCUGAACCAUCCACUACAGUCGACCCUCUAUCUUCAUUUUGAUCAUCAUCACCACCAGUGCUAAUCGGCAAAACCAGUCGGCCAUCUCUUUCGGCGACGAUGAAGGUCCACGGAAGCGUACUCUCCACGGCGGCGCAGCGAGUGUUUGCUUGCCUGAACGAGAAAGAGCUCGAGUUCGAGUUUGUUCCAGUUGACAUGAGAUCCGGCGAGCACAAACAACCUCAUUUCCUUUCUCUCAAUCCAUUUGGUCAAGUACCGGCCUUACAAGAUGGAGAUCUGACGCUCUUUGAGUCAAGAGCAAUUAACCAAUACAUCGCACACACAUACGUGGACAAAGGGAACCAGUUGAUAUGCCAGGACCCAAAGAAGAUGGCAAUCCUAUCUGUGUGGAUGGAAGUGGAGGCUCACCAGUUCGACCCAGUGGCUUCCAAGCUGUGUUUCGAGCUUCUUUAUAAAUCAAUGUUUGGCAUGAAAACAGAUGACGCGGUAGUGGAGGAGAAUGAGGCGAAGCUGGCUAAGGUUCUGGAUGUGUACGAGGCUCGGUUGGCUCACUCCAAGUACAUUGGUGGAGACUGCUUCACCUUGGCUGAUCUGCAUCACCUGCCCAACACUCAAAUCCUGAUGGCUACUCAGGCUAAGAAGCUCUUUGAUUCGCGCCCACAUGUGAGUGCUUGGUGUGCUGAUAUCCUGGCAAGGCCGGCCUGGUUGAAGGUCGUGGCAAUGCAAACCAACAAAUAAGCACAUGAUGUUGUCUCUACUUCACGGCUUUUGUGUUCCUAACUGUCUCUGUCUGUGUGUUUUGUUUCUAGUCUUUCCUGUCUUUCUUCAUCCUUUCGGUGGGAUGAGAAAGCAGUAGCUUUGUGAGUCAAAUCUGAAAUAAUUUGGAAUCAUGAUCGAGGACCAUCAAUAAGUAAAAGUUUCCUAUGUUUGUCGAGUGUUUGGAU